CUUGGCGCGAUCUCAUCAUGAAGGCCGAAGUCUUCGAUCGAUCGGCUGAGCUUUCUGUAGUUACGGGAUCCAAUCUCGACCCCGAAAAAAACUGGUAUGUGCUAACGAAAAGUUAAUGUAAAAUCAGGCCGAAUGCUUUUGCAAAGAACGAAUUGUUUCUUCGAUUCCGCGAUGACUACAAACUUUCUGUCGUGCCAGCAGGUCUCAAGCGCGCCAAAACAGGCUGUUCGUUCAACGCCAAGUAACCAAACAACAUGUAUGUUAAAUCUUCAAUUGGUCUCUGUGCCGGACUAAUUAGACAAGGAGAAUUCCAGCAGAUGGAUUCGCGAGGUCUCGAAAUAUCAUCGUGUUGUUGAUGCGGUAAAUCAACGGCAGUUAGAUAACGGCGUAAUAUGUGACUAACGCAGUCUAUAGACUGUAAGAUUUUACGCCACUAUCUGCGUCGGUAUAUAUAUGUAAGAUUUUAAGCCGUUAACUAACGACGUAAAAUCUUACAGUAUAUAAUAUACCGACUGAAAGAAAUUACGCCGUUAGUUACUGGCGUAAAAUCUUACACAUAAACACAACCGACUGGAAGAAAUUACGCCGUUAGUUACUGACGUAAAAUCUUACACAUAAACACAACCGACUGGAAGAAUUACGCCGUUAGUUACUGACGUAAAAUCUUACACAUAAACACAACCGACUGGAAGAAUUACGCCGUUAGUUACUGGCGUAAAAUCGUACAUAUAAACACAACCGACUGGGAGAAAGUACGCCGUUAGUUACUGGCGUAAAAUCUUACGGCGCAAUUUCCUCCAGUCUGUGAUGUAUAUAUGUGGCGUAAAAUCUUACAGUAUAUAGACUGUGUUAGUCACAUACUACGCCGUUAUAUAUAUUCCCGUCGUUUUGGCAAGAGCGGCGUCUUCGGAAAAGCUAAAAAUGCCGUACCAAAACAGGGACGUAACAAGGUAUAUGAGAUCAGGGAUCACAGCCCCGGGAUCUGGGAGCACAACACUUGGGAUCGGGAUCAGCAGUGUUUUAGUGGAAUCAGGGAUCAAAAUUGUGAACGUUUUUGGGAUUAGGGAUCAAAAUUCCCAAUGUUUUUGUGAUCAGGGAUUAAAAUUCUCAACGUUUUUGUGAUCAGGGAUCAAAAUUUGGGGCAAAAAUACAGGAUCAGUUAUGAAAAAAUAUACCUUGUUACGACCCUGCCAAAACCUUCGCAUAUAAAAGGUCGUUAUAAGAAUAGUUGCAUUGCGCCGAAGCUUGUAGACCAAACGGGGAGACCAUCAGUUGAAAGCGAUAAGUAUUCUCUGGAUUAUCGAAUCAACAUAGCUUCUGGACUUUGAAAGUUCUGUGUAAAGAAGGGUUUGUUGGAGUUAACCUUAAAUAGGCUUAGGUCUUCGAUCGUGGAGGUGAAAUCGGCUUUACCGGUGCCGCUUUUUUGGCUAUUUUUGAGUGUCUUCUUUUUACGUGUUUUAAAGUGUUCCUGUUAUAUUUUUCUAUAACAUUUGGUCAGGACUAUUUGUGAACCUUGUGUUAACGAUUUACUGUUGUCUUCUUUAAGACAUCUAUUUUCUCUACAGAGAAAAUAAGCUUAGCGUACCGCCCCUUAGGUUUUUCCUAACUAGACCCGUUAAGUUUGUAUAAUACAUUUCUAUGGACUCUUCUUUCUGGAACGUGAGCGAACAAAGUAGAGUUGUAUCUUGAAAAUGAUUAGAAAUGUAAUCAUCGGAAGUUGCGGUUUUUUCCAUUUCAUUCGGGGGGAGCUUUAUUAACCUUUCUAUAGCGAUUAUCGGAUGUCCUGGAAUGUUCAACGAACACCUUAUGCCACCAAGAGGCGUCAAACCUUGGCUUGAAUUACUUAUGCAAAUUAGCUAGCUGCACGUUCCAUGUGCCAAUUUGCAUAAAAAUUUUUCCCGACGCAAAGCUCGUCAUGCAUUUGCCUCAUUCCUGUUUACGUGUGGUUUUAUAUUUUCAAGACUGGUAAGAUUUGGUCAUUUUAAUGGGGGGCUGAGAUAUGUAGUGGGCAUAAGUAUUUUGUUUCCUUGUGUCAAUUUUUUAACCUGAUGGUUUGUUCAGUUUUUCUCGUGAAACUUAGACGCAUCAUUAUCAUUGCAACGUUAGAUGGUCCAGUUUACUUUGAAAAAUUUUACGGUACAUGUAUAUAUAUAUAUAUAUAUAUUUGUUUUAUUCGAUGUUUAUAUUUACUAUUUUCAUACAGGAGAAGGUUACGUCUUGCCCUCUCUGUGAUCUUUGUCCUUUCAUUCUUAAAACCCGUCGAGGGAGCUGCAGGUAACAGUUUAAAAAUCUAUCGACUCAGUUCAUCCAUAAGUGUAUUUUAACUUAAAUCUGAGCCGCUUCGCUUCUCAUGAAUUAUUAUUCAAGUAUUCAUUGUUUGCAACUUAUCGAGUAAGUCUUGAAGAACCCUAAAUGAUUACUUUCCUCUCGGUUUCGCUUUCAGGAAUCUCCUUUAUUCAGUUAAUGUGUUAUAGAGAGCUUGGUUAUAGAUUGAGGGGGAGAAAAACUUCUUUCACACAAAUUUUUUAAGUACUAAAAGCAAUUUUAAGGUGAUUCCUAAAAAGACAAAUUUUUAAACGGUGUUUUUAAACUUUCCUUGAAUUUUUCCUAUCAACCUCUGUUCGAGAACUAUAGUAUAUAAGAGGGAUCACCGUGUGUUCUUAAGAAAUAGAUGGGUUAAUCUUCAUUUUUGCCUGUGCUGGUAAUAAUCACGUGCGUACUUGGAAAUAACUUUUUGAUCUAUAAUUUAUAAUGGUAAUAGGAUCGAAUGGAGUUCAAUUCGGUCUGUAAUCAUAGGAGUAAUUCACAAAAUCGAACGACCGCAAAGCAGGAGUCUGAUUUGUUAAUCACGGGUAUGAUUACUGACAGAAUUGGACGACAAGAAGUCCUGUUACCAAUUAGUCAUAGCCAUUACAGUUUCCGAAAAAGAAAAGACAUUAAGGACAAACAUCUCCAGUAGGGACAAUGUCUAGAGCAAAAAAUUUGGAAAUUUCCCAGUUUUCUUUUCAGGGUAAGUGGUUGUUGCUAUGGUUAUUGUGUUCAAUUCUGUGAUUGGUGGAUUUAUCUGAGAGGACUUAGUAUAAUUGGUACAACUUCGAUCGAAAUGCACCAAUCACAACAGACCACCAUGAUAUAUAAUGCCGUGCCACAACCAGUCAACCCCAUCGCCUGAAGAAGACUUGCAGUAAGCAGUCGAAACGUUGCCUUCCACAUCAAGUGACCUUGUUGUGAGACAACAGAACAAACUUAUAAUAUCAUCAAUUUAGUACAACUGUCCGAUUACAGGUGUCCAAUUACAGCCAACUGUCCGAUUACGACUGUACAGAAUGAUUAGUGAAAUAUAAAGCAGCUAAUGCACCAAUCACAUUUGAGGAAAUUGUAAUGGUCAUGAUUAAUGGGAAAAUCACGCAAUUUCAAACGACAUUGACGCAAAACGUUCCUCGAGUCGUUGCUUACAAGGUCAUAGUUUGUAUCCUUGAGUACGGGCUUCGUGCACGCUUUUAGCUAUAUCCCUUUUUUUUCUGAUAUUUCUUUUUAUUUAAUUCUUUUUAUUUAAAGGGGAUAAUUUGUACCCGUGGAUUAUGCAAUACAAAUUAUAGGCCACCGUGCUCGCUCAUGAGCGAAAGACCAUAGUACUUGUUUACAUAAUUCCGUAAAUUUUUAUCGAUAAGCAAUUUAGAGAGUUAAAUAUUUACUAAUGAAUAAAUUUUACAUUUCACUUGAAAAAACCGAUUUGUACGAAUGGUGCGAUAUUUCUUUGCUUACCUAUUUUUGACUUUUCCCGCGCAAUUUUCAAAGAGCCAUGACUUAUGUUAUUGUCACGCGAUGUCUAGGAGACUUGGUUACAAAGCCAGACAAAAAAAUAACAACGAAACCAGUCUCGAAAGUCCGAAACCAGUUAUAUUUAACGAAAAUGACACUGACAAGAUUUAUCAUUAAGACAUUUUCAUGGUAUUUUAGAGAAGAAAAAAAUCCCAGAUUGAAGAAUUUCAAUUGAUCCUCUUAAACGAUGAGAGGUAAAAAUCUCGGGACUGCUCUUCGAAAGAAUAAAUAGUGUGUCUACUAAUUUUAACUCAUCUCUUCCAAUCAAGAGUAUACAUUUGAGGCCGUCUCUGAUGUUAAUGCCUUCAGUGUUUCAGCAACAUCGACACUUGCGCAAUCGUCUGUACGGUAUAAAGAUGGAUCACAUUCAAUGAAGUGGACUUGGGCCAGUGGAGAUACAAUGACACAUACCUUCUCCCCAGCAGUAAGUUUUAACCCUUUGCACCCUAACAGCAGUAUGUAUUUUCUCCAUACUAUCCUCCUUACAUUUCUCAAGGUAAUGACAAGGAGAAUUUGAUUAUUUAUUUACCUAUUUUGAACACAUACUUAAAAUUUAGCCUUAAAUCUUCAACUAGCUAAGGAAAUAGAGAUUAAUACAUGGGCGCGCGUAGAUAUGGAAUUUCUCGUCGAGUGUGUAACUCGAUAGCUCACGAGUUAGAUGUCGAGUUGAACACUCAUAUAAACACAAUAGCCCUUUACUGAGAAGAAAAGCCAACUUCAUUAAUGAAUGAAAAUAAAUGAAUCGACAAUCCUCGAAUAACGAUCGUAAAGUGCGUUGGCGCUGACUCUUAAAAUGGAAGAAUGCGUUGAAUCAUGAUUACAAAACUAACAAUGGUCAUAAUUUUCAAUUUGCAAAAUUCUUAUUUACUGAAUUUUUCCUUACCGACAGAAGAAAUCUUCCAGGUAAACGGCCAAAAUCGGCCAGCGACAAAUCUUCUAGUUGUCGAUUUUCAUUGUCAGCCGAGAGAAAUACUAACACCAAAGCCACUGAAUACGUAACUUUUACGGCUUUUCUCAGGGCCUGUAUAACACCGCAGUUUAUGUGAUAGAAUAAUUUAACAUGUUUUACAAACUCGUUUUGUCAAUCUUGGCAACCCCCCACCCCACCCCCAAAAUAAACUAGUGAUAAAAAUGCAAUUUGUUACAUAGUGAAAGAUGAACUGAAAAUAUUGGUGCAUAGUAAGUAAACAGAACCUAUUUUGUGAACCUAUUUUAAAGCUACAAAUGUAUGCCAGGUUUGUGUACAAGUGUUUGUGAUGUGUUCAUUAAAAAUAACUGAGAUCAUAGAUUAACUGCAACAUACAUUUCAGAUUUCAGGAAAUGAGCUUGAAAAGGGAGGGAUUAAGUUGUGGCUUUACAACACUUAUCCACUCGCAGGAGAGAACUUGACUGUCUCUUUCCAAAAUAAUGCGUCCACCACUGUUACUGUAUCACAGUUCAAUAUUAUGCUGAAUUUUAAGGUGAGAGGUAACAUUGCAAAACAGCUGUUAAAUUCCUGUGAUCAAAUUCAAUUUUGCAAUUGUGCAUCAGAUUGCCUUUGUAUACCUUGAUGAUGCGUAUGAGCAUACUUUGAAAUGUAGCAGAUGUUUCUUCUAUUAAUGCGGCAUUUACAACUACAGCAUUGGAAAUGUUUUAUGGCGGUAAUGUAAAACAUUGAUUUUUAUUCACAUUUGAAGUAUGAUCAUGUAUGGACCUUAGCUCUUAUGUGGGCUGUGAUUAGUUAAUUUAGCCUGUCAUAUUUCUCUGUGAACUGCUAAAUUCAAGAGUUUGUUUGACUUGAAAUUUUUCCCCUCUAUUUGAACUCAAAUUGACCUCAUUUUCCUAGAUUGCACUGUAAGUUACAGAACCUUGUUUUUUCGGCCGUAAGCGGGCUAUAAAUCUGAGCUGAAAAAACUUAAUUGGUAUCGUAGAGUACAGUCUACAGACUUGUUUAGUUGGGGGUGUGUAUGGAUUACUUGUUGACAGUGUUAAUAAAUAUUAUGAUAAAAUGCUAUGGUGAUACACCUUACUGAUAGCUUUGAGGGAUGGUUAUUUCAAAGAUAAGGACAGAGAAGGACAGCAAUCUCCAUAAAAUCAAGGAGGUUACUAAGGCAACCAAACCACAACCCACGUCCAAACAUCUGGACACCAAAAUACUUGUACAUAGAAUGAAUACUUAUCCAAACGGGUGGGGGGGACAGUCAAAGAGAGAAAUGGAGAAGAGAGAAAUGGAGCAAAGCAGCAACCAAAAGUAAUUUGGGUAAAAUCAUGGGCAUGGAAAUGGAUGUUCGCAAAGAAAGGACGCAACACACAAAUCUAAUCUAAACGUCUGCCAUGCUACUUUAAUAAUCAACUUCCGACCUCCUUUGCGUGCUUACCUAUGUUAUGUAUGACACAAGAAAUGUACCUUACAAACACUGCAGGCAUUACAGAAGUUCAGUAACUUUUUACAUAAGCUGCUGUUGAUAAUAUAAUAGACAGCUGUGCCUGGAAAAGGGCUGUAAGGCAAAACAUGAGAGCCUGCACAUAGGCCUUUAACUCCCAAGAUCUGAUUGUUAAUUCUCCCCUCUAGCUGCUAGACAUUUCCUUGUAAAUUUGUUGCAAGAAUUUGGUGUGCGAUCAAGGUAAUAACUUGUACCUGAUGAGUUUGAGUAUUCUCACUACCUGUUUGCUGGAUAAUGUAUGAAUAUUUUAGGGAGAAGUUACAUGUUAAUCACUUCUGGGAACUGUAAGGCUUAAGGUGGUGGUAGACUACUGGUAACAGGCUUGAAACCCCUGCUAUGUCCAGGAGGCAUUAACCUCCCUGGGUCCCCUCAUGUUGAUAUUGAAACCAGCUGUACAAUAAUCACUUCAUUCUUUUCAUUUGAAGGGGUGGCGUGCUGUGUGGGUAUCCUAUCAGGAAGCUAUCGUGACUGAAAACAAUAUUACUGAUAUGAAAAUAACUGCUCCAACAACUCAAGCUACCAUACAUCCUUUGUAUUUUGAUCUCUUGCACUUUGCAAGUGAAGUCAUGAAGCAAAGUCGUGACAAAGUGGUACCAACAUUGGAUCCAAACCUUUAUCCUAACGACAAAUUCUGGCACCAAACCUAUCACAAGAGUCAGGUAUUUUUGAACAUGUUUGUCUUAAAAUAUAUCUAAUAAAAUAAAAAGGAAAUGGAAUUUAGCAGUGCACAUUCUAUGAGGUGGCUCUCCUUGUCCACUGUUUCCAGGUUGAACUGGAAUUUAGAAUGUUGGUUUUUGUGGAUGGAGGAAAAGCAGAGGACUAAGAGAAAAACCCAUGGAGCUGGGAUGAGGACCAACAAAAAACAUAACACACAUUUGACACCAGGUCCUGGAAUCCUAGGCCACAGUGGUGAGAGGCAAACUCUCUCACUACUGUGCCAUCCCCCCCAGCUCCUCUAGUAAUAGAAAAAAGGCAUUGAUCUGUUUAAAUGCUCUGUCAGUUUUGUCUUGAAAGAUGUGAUGUACUUGAUAUCGAUAUUGUUACACAAAAUUCAUUUAUGCAAACUAAAAGAGUUCAUUCAUGCAGGAACCGUGAAUGGAAGACUUUUCAAUUGAAUCAGUUAAUGAUGGUUGGGGCAAGUUUUGGUGAUCUCUGCAUUAGGCGCUCUCAAAAAUACAAUGUUUUAAAGCUGUCGUUGAUUUAAAUAGUUAUGAAGCUGAACAGAAUAUUACACUAUUGUCUGCUUUUGGAUACAAAUUUAUCUUCUAUUGAUGAUCAGAAAUCUCUCACUCAAAGAAAAAAUUCACAUCCAUGUACAGCCAUGUAAAAUACUCCAUGCAUAUCUCUUUUAGGUACCACCACCAAACAUUUCUGUUACCACACCCAAUCAAGAAAAAUUGGACAGUUUGACGCUGAUUGAAAAGCGACUAGAGAAUUGGUUUGUUAAUCAGGCUCAGAGCUCAGUCCAGUUUCCAACCAAUGCUCAGAAGAGAUGGAUGUCUUUACAGAUGCAAGUGGAUAGUGCUCAUACUCAGUAUGGACAACUAAAUAUUGUGAAAAACUUAGAGGGUGUUAUUACAGGUAAACACCAUGGUAAUAACUAACCUAUGACUUUUUUUAGCCAAAUUCUGAAAAUUCUGAAUUUUUGUCUGGUGGCAGGUUAGUAUGGAAACCACUUUUGUGAAGUUUUAAGCCUUUAACUCUCAUGAGUGACCAAUGCAGAAUUUCUUCUCAUAAUUUCAAUUCAAUAUCAAGCAGUAAAGUGAUGAGACUAAGGACAAAUAUCGUUUAGAGGGAUUAUUACCUGAUCCAACACCAAAUUCUCUUAAUUCACAUACUAAGAACUGUAGAGUACUCACUAAUGAGAAUAAUUUGUGAGAUGUUGGCAGUUAAGGGGUUAAAAGCUAACUAACUGUUUAAAAAAUUGGAAAUGACAUCCCUUCGGUCAUGAUUUUUUAAAAUUUUCAAGCCUUAGUCGAUACACCUUCAGUCAUAAUUUUUAAAGUUUUUGGGCCCCAGUCGUUUGAAGUGGAUAAUGGUAUCCACUGGAUAAAUCUCUAUCCUGUGGAUAAUGCAAUAUAGUUUGUAAAUGCAUAUCCCUUGGAUAGCGAUUUAUUUGUUGGAUAAUGUUAUCCACUGUUUGAACACCCAGGUGUUCUCCUUAUAUCCCCUUACUUACUAUAAUAUUUAACUGAUGGAAAUGGUUCUCUAUGGCCAUGAUUUCCUUUUCAACUUAACAGUUGCACUUAUAUCUUUGCAUAGCAUUUUAGUAUCAUCAAGAAAAUUCUGUCACCAAGUGACUCUUCUUUCUUUACGAAGGAGAUAUUGCUAACCAUGCACCAAUGCUUUGCUACAAGAAUGUAUGAGACAAAGCAAGUUACUCACGGAUUAGAUCCAGGCGGUGUGCGCACUCCUAUUGCGUUGCAUUGUGGUAGCUUCAUUUUCAAUAUGGCGGUGAAAGCAGCAGAAAUCGGCAAACUUUGACUGAACAUUCCAUAGAAGUUAGGCCGUUCUUUUUUCCUUUCACUAUAGAUAAAUGUACUUUGAUUUAUUCUGAAUGUGUAGAAGUAUUUUUUGUCAUGCAUUCUAUGGUUCUCAAGGACAAACGCACUGUUUUUUAGUAUGUAAUUUGAGACCGGUUUUCGAGAAGGUCAUAUUUAAUUUACGUCUUAGUUUGGAGCCUUUCAAAGAUGUGGAUGGCCGCUUUGAUCCUUCUUCUACAGCUCUGACCAAACGCUCUCAAACGCUCUCCAACGAUACAUGUGUUUCUCGCAUUUUAAGUUCAGUGUUUGAGACCGAUUCUGAUUCUGAGAUUGUUACAAAAAGUAAUAUUUUAAUAUGCACGCGCUGUUUUUAUUGUUUUCAAGUAUACUGUCUCUCUGCAAAAAAUAACUCAAUAGAUACGUUUCUGAAAGCCUUAUUCUAGGUAUUCUCUUUUCUUUAAGCAUAUUUGAAACUCUGUACGUUUUUUAUUAAACGUUGAGCAUGACGAAUUGGUCUUGGGAGGCGUAAGGCUUCUCCUUUCGCGAAUCCCGCAUUUACGCCUUUAGUAUAUGACAUGAAAAAUAGUUCGUGUAUUAGAUGGUCGCUGUCUCUCUGUAAUGCGUUUGCAUGUCAAGGGUCGGUUCCCCGUUAAAUAACUCGCGAAUUUAAUAUUAUUCACACGGCCAUCAGCUGUGAUUGUAACUACUCCCAAAUGAAUAGAUUCUUGGGCAAGGCUGCAGUUUCGAUUCUUUCUGAAUCUCUUCAGUUGCCACCUAACAACAAAUUUGUCACGGACGAAUAACAGGAGUCACGCAGGACGGCAAACACUUUCGAAGGAACGGCAACAGACAGUGAAUCCCCAUUACAUUACACGUUUAUUCACGCUAUCUUGCUGCCACCAGAGAUGUUCACUCGACCGCGACAGGGUGCCAAGGACUCGCUUUUCGUUUUACGACCAUGAUGCAACGCAAGCAGAGUGCGCACACCGCCUGGAUUAGAUCAAUAUGGUCUUCAAACCAAUCACUUUGCGGAAAUGUCAAAUUGUGGACAACCAAUUUACCGAACCAGUAGUCAACUUGUACUACACCUUUGGUCAACUUGUUGAGGGUCAUCUUUGGUCAACUCACUGACUUAGUUCACUGAUGAACGAAGUUGUUGGUGAGUUCGCCAGGGCGCGAACUUGGGCCGGGUUGGGGAGUUGACUAAAGGUGUUAGCAAGCUUAAUAAUGACAACGACGAGUUGCCUAAUGGUGUUGGUGAGUUGCCUAAUGGUGUCAGUGAGUUAGUUGUUGAUAAUUUGACGUGUUAGCAAAACGAUUGAGAACAGCUUGUAUGUUUUUGAUUGCUCUAUCCAAAAAUAAAACCUCCAAAAUUGUAUUUGCCUUGUUACUCUCCAGGAAUGCCUCUUUAUGCCGACAAGUCUAAAGUUACUGGUGGUAAAAAAUUUGGGGAGGUGGUGGAGAAAGUGCUUCUUCCAUUGGCGCUGGAUUAUCAUGUGAGAUCACGUGAUGUUGACGUCAAUGCAUUGGCGGCCGAUCAACUGUCCAACUUGAAUGGAGCCGUGGACCAGAAAAAUGAUGCCAUAAAGGUAUGGUUGAUUGGCUCUUGAACCCUUUAUAGUCCAGUAUCAGUGUGCAUAUUCUCUAUAGUGUUCUCUGUCCAUUUUCCAUGGUACUGACAAUACAUUAAUCAAGAGCUUAUUUUAGUUACUGAUCAUUUUCUCUACUCUCGUCGUCUUGAUAUUUUAUUCCUUUGAGAUAAUUUGAGGAGAAGUUCGAUGUUAGUUGCUCUUGGGGGUAAAAAGGGUUAAGGUUCACCCUUAACCUUGACAGGUGUUUUCAGAUGAGGGUUUGUAAACAUGGUUGUCAGAGUUUAAGAUUCACACUUUCUCUAGAUACAAGUUAAAAAAGCAAAGUAGAGUUCUUUCUUUGUGUUCUCCCAGCCUUGUCCAAACCCAUGAGAAGUUGGAAGAAUUUUUGAAUGCUAGGAAAAAUCUCAACUGUAUAUUGGGUUUGCGUGCGUCGAUCAAUUUCAGGCUUCAACAAGCCCCCCCCUUGGCAACCCCCCUGGCAUUUGAACUUUUGAAGAAUGGUUUGUUCGAAUUACCCCUUCCCCUACUCCCCGUGGCCAAAAUUGUUCUGUGAAAGGCAAGAUCAGUGACCGUGACGUUCUUGUAAACCUUUUCUUCUGAGUCAUCUGCUCGCGAAAGUGAACUUUCUACUUUUAAACACCUCCAUAUUAAGUUAUAAAAUUUUCUUUUUUGCUGUUUAACUUCGCUCUAAAAAUGUGAAGUUGCCUUUAGUAAACUUUAUGCAUAAUAGGCCCCAUUCUUUUUCCUGAAUUUUACCCGCUGCCAAGAUUAUGGAGGGAAUAUUUAAGUACUUUUCAGAGAAUGCAGGAUGGUUUUACUUUUUUUUUUUUUUAACUAUAGAAAAUAGCAGGAGGUAAUCAGAACAUUCAAGACAUAUUCACCACCGCCUUGGGUACCAAUCAAACAGCUUACACGUUGGAGGAAGUGAAGGUGGCUAUAGGCACUCUAAAUACGAUGCGAAACGAACGAUUACUUCUCCUUUUGGAAUAUAUUGAAGAUCAAGGUGAGCCUAUGAACAAUAGGGUAAAGUAUGGAACUCGAGUCAUUGGGGCUCACAAGGUGCCAGAGCUAACCCCCCUUAGUACAAAAGACUAUGGGGAUCAAAGCCAGUAAUCUGAGCAACUGCAUACCAAAUCCCCCAACACAACAAUUAACUCAUAAACGGCUAAGAUUAUAUGAAAGUCAUAUAUUUGAACUGCGGAUAAAAACGUGGAUGAAAGUGAUCCUCGCAGAAAUGUGCACUACUUGAGCAGUGGUGAAAAUAAGGCCUGAGGAUCACUUUCUUUCAUGUCUUUAUCCGCAGUUCAAAUGUAUGACUUGCAUAUAUUCUUAGCCGUUUCCUCAUCACUUCACGGGUUUAUUUGGAACCAACAUAAUGAUUAGCUACCAGUUGGCUUGUUAGCUGAGUUGGUAGAGCGUUGCACCGGUAUCGCAGAGGUCAUGGGUUCAAAUCCCGUACAGGCCUGAAUUUUUUUUCAGGCCUUAUUUUCACUACUGCUCAAGUAGUGCACAUUACUGCGAGGAUCACUUUCAUUCAAAUUAACUCAUAGUAAAUUAGGGUAAAUGUAGGCUAGGGGAGGGGUGGGUGACCAGUUGCUCAGAUACUGACAUUGAUGCGAUAAAUCAUACAAUUUCAUUCCUGGAACUCAUGAAAUUAAGAACUGGUAAGUUUUGAGCUCGUUAAAGGAAUAAAGAAAGACGUUUUUCGUCUUGUCACGAGCGUGGGACAAAGAAAAAAUUCUGAGUCCCUAUGAGGAAUCGAACCUCAGACCUUCGAAUUCCGCUCUCCGACGCGUGUCACAUGAACUUCGUAAUAGAGCUCGCUCACCAUGGAGUCUCUGUGGCUCAGUAUUUUGUUUAAGUUGAGCUUUGGUGAGAAUGGGAUAUAACUCAGCUCUUGCAUUUGUCAGGUUGGAGCGAUGGUAGUAGUAUUGGUUCUUUGGAUCAUGAGAUGAACAAUGUCGGUGCAGGUUUUAUGAAUGCAGUCUUCCUCCUGAGGAAGGAAAUCACCGCCGCUGGUAAAAUCGAUGAUUAUGUGGCUACAAUGAAGUGGUACAACGAGUUUGGAGGAGUUUAUCAAGACCCGUUUGAAUAUGCUGGUACAACUGCUGAUCGUAUGAGAACCAUUUCAUUAUUCAGGCAAGAUGUUUUUAUGUCAGUUCCUUAUGUGACAUAUGUUUUUUCUAGAUAUACUUUACUUUUGUUUACUAAAACAUAGCUGUGUGAAACUUGGGUAAGUUUCCAAAGAAAACUGUGGUGCUGCGUCGAUGGGGUAUUCCAAGAUAAUUUGGUUUCAUCAACUGAGUUGGCAACGUAAAUUGACCACCGUAAAGAGUUUCUAAGAGCUGACGUUUCGAGCGUUAGCCCUUCGUCAGAGGCAACAGUGGCCUAGUAGUUUCAAAUAGUGAGGUCCUUUCUAAUUCGAAUUCUGACGGGGUCAUUGUGUUGUGUCUUAGUUCAUUGUCGAAGGUAAUCCAGGAUUUCUUUCUUUUCUUUCUGCUUCAAGAUACUCUGUGAUUGGUCGAGAAAAUUCGUGCUACCACUCAACCAAACAGAAAAGACGAACGCUAGGGCCAAUAGGGGGCUGAUCAAUUGCGCCUUUCCGCGCUUCAAGAAGUUAGCUUCGAUUUUAGUUCGAGUCCUUGCUGCCCCUUGUGUCGUGAUUAGCCACUGUGAUGACUUUGGUGUCAGUUUUAUGACAUCCAGUCUAAAUGCGCUCUGGUGUUAAACUCAGCAUCACGUUUCAGAAAACGGAUUAGAUCGAUAGAGAUACUUAAAGCUAUGUUUCUCGGGGGCUACGCCUCAACGUCAUAAAAUAUUCAGUCUACGUUUUUUAAGUUCGUAAUCCGCAAUUAUUUUGAAUUAACUUCAUCCUGAGACAUUCUUCCAUCUUCUACCGUUACGAAACUUGUAUUUAAACAAUCCGUUUUAAUCUCUCCAUCCUCAACCAUUCCCUUUCUUUUUUUGCCUUCUUUUUCCCUUCUUAUGUUUAUUGUUUUUACUAUUAUUGUCGACUCAUUUCCCUUUAGGCCAUUGCUCUGCCACUCGAUAUGCGUGUAGAAAUUUAUGAAAUACCUUGCAUGAGCAAACUCAUUUAUCAUGAAGGCAACUGUAACAAAAAUAAAGACGUUCAAUCCUCAGCCUUAUGUGCUGGCUCUUUCUUUUGCAGGUUGUUUACUGUCCUAAUGAUGCCAACUUCAACAGAUGCUAAAAAGCUUGAUAAAAUUCGUGACAUGGAAGAACUUGUCUCAUGGUACGCCAACGCACUGUCCCCUAAUGAAGGUUUCGCAGGAGUUUUAAAGCCUGAUUACCUUGGAUUCCAUCACAACAGCUAUUAUGCCUCUGCUUACACUCCGCAUGCUAUCCAUUGUGGUGCAUUAAUCGAGUUUCUACUCAGUGGAACACCAUUUAAAUUGAGUAAGAAUGAGCUAGUUACAUGGGAAAGUAAAGUGGGGACAAAAAAGGAGCCACUACUUACCUACCCCUCUGCAAACCCAACAUUACCCCUAAUUUGUUAUUAGUUGACCGUUAUUGGGUUAGGGGAGGAGUUGGUGUGCAGUUUCUCUGAUACUAACAUUGAUCCAAAUGGAUUAAGAAACCGUUGGUUUGAGAUAUGCUCGAGAAGUCUGAUUGUCCGGUUGUGGAUAGUCCUGGAAAGGACUCCUGUCAGUAGCAUUGUCGUUUACAAAUAUGUUAGCCAGAUACUUAGCGCUAUGGCUUUGAACAACAUUAUAGAGGGGAAAAGGCUAGGAAGGAAGUGUGCCAGCGGAUGACUUCGCUGAAGUGUGGUUUCCAAGGUAGCAAAAGACUACACAAAGAUCAUGGUUUAAACUACUAUAAAGCUCUCUUUUGUCUCGGUUUCUCUUUGUCCAUUAAAUCAAUGAUUCUUUUUAGAGGCUCCUUUUGUCUUAUGUUCUAGCCUGCAAGAGGAGACGCCUCUGUGACCAUUUUGUUUCGCAAGGGAAAUGUGAGGCAACAGGGAUAGAGAGGCAUCCUCUCGUAAGAUUCCUGAGCACUCUGAUCUUUCGGCUGUGUAAAAAUUGUCUGACGCAUUCAUAAACUAGCUCUGUUGUAUACUUAAUAUUUGGGGUAUACGUUGAUUUUAGAAAGGGAGUAACUGUAUUUUGCAAGUAGAGUUUGAGUUGUGUUUUUGGUUCAAAGGUGAGCACACAAGCAAGCAUAUUAAGAAAGGUCUAGAGACAAUGAGGAUUGUUGCUGUUAAAUACUCAACUCCGAACAGUGUAGCGGGUCGAUUUCCAGGAUUUUACCGUGCAAUUUUGGCCCAGAAUUUUCCUGCCUAUGCUUACGCCGGUGCAACUGCUCCCAGUUUGAACGAUGAUGGAAGUCUGGGUGAAAUUGCUGCUCUCGACAGUGAUAAGAUCAAAAUGUUUUUACGACUUAAUGAUGCAGGCAAUAAGGAUGUUAGCAAUUACUUGGAAGAUGGUACGAUAUCCAAAAGUAUCUAUUACCUAAACUCUAUUGGUUCGAUCAACAUCAUGGAGGAAAUAAGCUCUAAAGCUGCCUCGAUGAGUAUAACGGCCGAAAGUUCGCCCCAGGGAUUCUGGACGAAAAAUUAUGCUUCGCUAGUGAUUGCACGAAGAGAAAAUUGGGCGGUAACAAUGAAAGGCUUCAACAAGUAUGUCUGGGACUACGAGGCUUCGAGCAAUCAAAAUGUUUAUGGUCUUUAUCAGAGUCAUGGAGCACUUCUCGUUGCAAACAGCGAGGCGUCACUUAAAACUCUGGAUAUCGAUAAUGGUUGGGACUGGACACGACAUCCGGGCACUACAACAAUAAAAAUGGAUCUUGAACAGUUGGUUAGCCUGCAGCGUAGGUAAGUAAUGAUAUUCCGUUCGCUCAAAUCAGUUUUUAUCGUUUGGCUGGCUUCUCGAGCGGGAAGAUCAAAUGGAAUCGCGUGUUCUGAUUGGUUACCCUAGCGGGCAAGAUAGGCUCAUAUUCCCUGUUGGGGAUUGCCCUCUUCGAUCACGUGAACUGAAAUAUCUCCCUGUUACCGCUUUUCCAAAUUCGUAACUCUUUGGAAAUUAUUCGAUGAGAAGAACUUUCGUUUAAGGCUCUUUUUAACAGCAACAACAACAGCAAUAACAACAACAACAAUAAAUGUCAUGUACUCUGUAUCAAGUUUUAACAAUGUAUUGAAUAGAAAAUAAUAAUUAAUUAUUGGUAUGAUUUUAAGAGGGUAACAGCACCCUGGAAUAACUAAGGAGCUAAAAAUGACACGGAAUUGUAGAUUCAUCCCCCCGCCCCCACCUUGCCAAAAGGAAAGAAGUGCGUUUUAAUAGAAAAAGGUACAAACAUGUCCCGAGUGUCAAAUAGCAAGGUCCUCACUCACCGAACUUAGGUUUGCAGAAACCUUAUGCUUAAUAUCAAAAACUGGUCCAUACUUAGAGUGCGUGUAUCGAAUUAUAGAAGUUUCUUGCUUCUUGAGUCCUCUCCAAACUUCCCAAGUGCAUCCGUAACUCGAUAUACGCAUAGUUAAAGCGUGAACCAAUUCUUUAAUAUUAUCAUAUGGCUUAGGUCGAUAUAAAACUGUGUUGGCUUUUUUUUGUCCAAUGGAAAUGCACCCCCACCCUCUCAAAGUAUCCAGUGGGCCGGACAGGAAACAUGUUAAGUGUUUUUGCUUUAGUUUUAAAUUCCGACUUCCCCCGAAAAAUACAUGUAUUUUUAUCAUUAUAGUAGUAUUGUGGGCGCAUAUGGUAAAUAAACAAACAAAGAAGAAUAUUUUGUACCACGUAGCACAAAUGAAUCAUUUAUAUCAUCUGACAUUUGAAGUGGCUCCACAGAUAUUUUCAACCCAGGGAACUUGCGGGAGGAUUGACUUUGAUUGGUGGCGGUAAUUAUCCUACGGGGGUCUUUGGAAUGGAUUUCUCACAGCCCAGUUAUCAGUUUCCAGCUGGUUCCUUUCAACUUGACAUCACCUUUGAAUUUAAGAAGAGCGUGUUUUUCACAGAUUUUGCCGUGAUUUGUCUUGGAUCUGGAAUCACAACAACCAUGAGCUCGCCCAGUAUAACUCAGGUACAUUUAAUUGUUUCCCUUUCAAUUGAAACAAGUUGAUUGUAAGAUUUGUUUUCGUGUAAACGUGGCUGCAAAUGGUGUCGUCCUUUUUAUACCAAGUCAGUUUUGAUUUAUUGAUUUUAACAGCCUUUUUUGGUUCCCUUGGCAAUUGUUUUCAAAACAAUCCAGUUAUUUCUCAAAAUGUUUUCAUCAAGUUUAUGACAUAUUAAGUCAAUCAAGCCUGUUAGAGGCCGCUCUCCAUAAAAUUCGUUAGAAUUAUUUCUGUGACCAAAAACUUAAUAUCAUUGAAAGUGAUAAUAAUAGCUCUUAAUAUCUUUUUUUGAAAAGAAAAAUAUAUGUGUAUAUAUAGAAAACUGAAAACUUCUCGUUUUUAUAUGCUUAAGAAGUAGCUGGUUACUGUAUGUUAUCCGGAGGCGAGUUCCAUUUCUUAGCCGCAAUUUAAACCUGCUUCUGUAUUCUUUAAAUUUUGAUAUUAAAAUAUGGCUUUGGGCGCGUUCAGUUACCGGGACCUUCGAGAAACGGACCCAGGAUAGGUAGAAAAUUGGGUCUGUGUUUUGAAAUGGUGAACCUUUCAGUCGCAUCAAUCAUGCUAUAUCCUUUCUUUACGCGAUAAUAUUUUCUCAAUCUUUCUGAUGAGAAAACUGAGAAAUGUACGUUUGAAAUUGGUUGCAGACCACGUUGUUCCAGACGAAGCUUCUCAACGCAAACAAUCCAUCGUCAAUUCUGAUAAACGAAACAAGUCACUCACUCAGCACCAACUUGAAAAAGGCGCCGUCCUUCUUUGGCAGAGGAAACCAUGCAGCUACACUUAUGGAUGUCAAUGGUAAAUACAUGAUAUGUACGAUUCGAUUACGCAUUGAGCUACUGUAUUUCUUCAUUUUUUCCAAACUUUCCUCGAUCUAUGGCAUCGUCGGGGAACGUAAAGAAAAUAUUCCACUAUGAAUGAUAUUAAAACGAUGUAAGUGAACGAAUAAUUAGAAUAUGUAAUAGGUAAAAUGAGUUGUUCAAAUGUGUUGAUGGUAACAAACAGUUCCAUCGAAAAUCGCUGAUGAGUAGAAGAACGAAAGACGUAAGCGGCCUAGUUACAGAUAAAAGGUCUCUGAGUUCACUACAUUCUUCCCGGGAAUUUAGUUUGGGCUUACACUUUCCGAUAUAAAACGCUCUGAAUGCCUCAAUCGAAUCGUCCAUUUAAUCAACAUGCUACUGAAGGACAACCUCAAACGUUUACUAAAUACAUAAAAAAUUUUAUUAGGCAAGAUUACACAGUGACCCGAUUCUGGCCGACUUCUUUUUUUCGUUUUCAUGACCUGAGACAUUCAGGUGUGGUCCAUGUAGAAGCCGGAAAAAAAAUUAACAAGGCUAACGUUGGUCAUCUCUAAUCCAACAGGCUUGUUCAACAGACUGCGUUUUGGUUGUGUAUUUUAGUACCAAGCCAAAGUUACCACAACAACCACUAAUAAAAAAUGAAAAAAAAUCACUAAGAGCCAAUCAGAACUUAGAGAAAAAAAACAAAACAUACAAAGCGCGGGGAAACGCGAGCGAACUAGUUACGAUUGUUCAGUUUUGCAUCUGAUUGGUGGGAAGCGUGGUGCGAGUCUUCUAAACCAAUGAUUGGUCAGUUUUGCUGUGAUACUAUUGGCUGCAAAACUCAAGUAGCUCUUUUGGGUUGUGAUCGUUCAGUGUCUACUGUCAGUGACGGUGACGUCAUAACUGCUAUUUUGCUUUUCUGUAAUGAAUAUGAGUUUAGGAUUGGUAUUAUAUAUCUAAAUCUUGCUGUGAGGUCUAACGUGACCUCUCCUUUUGGUUAUUAUGCCUACGUUUAUGACACUAUCAUUUUAACUAAAAAUAAUACAAGUUUCAUUAUUCCCUCAUUUUUAAAAAUUUAAGGAAACACUUACUACAUUCCCGAAGCGCAUAACCAGGGACUUAAUGUGAAGAUUGGCCGGCAAAAGUCCAGAAACCGAAGAGGUUCAAGGCGUACAUCGGCUCGGUACGCGACCGCAUGGCUCGACCAUGGAGUGAACCCAAUGGACAAGGGUUAUGAAUACACCAUAUUUGUUAACAGACCCUCAGGAGAAAUCCGGGUAGGAAAUUUUAGAGUUCAUUUAACAAUUCCUUCAGGCAUAGGCAUUUAAACAAUUAGCUCUAAGAAGUGUUGCGUGCGUAACUUCAAUAGAUAGUGCGCAAACUGGCGAUAAGUAUACACAAGGUCAUCAGCUAUACAUCGUACAGGAUCUUGGAAGUUAGGUUGCUUUUGUCAGCAAGUAUUUGUUGACAAGUGAACUUGGAACGAAACAAUUGUAUCUCAGUGGUCGCUUUUCAAGCAGCAUUCCUUCUUCGCUUCUAAGCCAACGGAUUUUUACCGAAAAUCUGGUGGAAUAGGAAAUUGUGGGAUAGAUAAGCAGACACGUUAAGCAUUCUUAUGUACAAUUUUUUUUGUACCAAAUGAUCCAGUCUCGCAUGAAAAGUCACAUUCCUAGCCUUUUUAUUUUAAUAGAGCUCAUGUAGCCUUCGGCAAUAUUACAAGUUUUCUUCUUUUUGAUCUCGCACUAACAUUUUGCUAUUCAUAAUUUUAAAGACUUUGGCUGAUAAUCAAGCGAAUGGCAGCUACUUGUAUGAAGUACUUCAGAAAGAUAAUAAGGCUCACGUGGUAAAGAUCAAUAAUAGCCCGAGGCAGGGUGAGACUCAGUAUGGAUACGUUUUUUUUAACAAAUCUGUCCGUACCUUGGGUCCAGUAAGGAGCGUCGAAAAGGUAAAACUUGUCAUGGUGUGGUCUAGCUUAGAUAGGAGUAAAAACGGAGUUGGUUUAACGAGACUAACAGAGAGGACGAAAUUCGCGAAUAUAUUGAGCGUCUCGAAAGACUGAAAACGUUCCUCUUCAGAAAUCAUUUCAUUAGUGUUUUUUUCGUAAAGCUUGUUAGUUAGUCCUGAUUUUAAAUUUUAAUAUGCAUUAAUUGUUAUGCAUUGUCUAACUGUUUUACAAGUUUUGAAUUUUCAAAGGCAUUGCAAGUCGCAGUUGAUUAUUCUAGAACUAUUAAUUUCAUUAUUUAUGACUUAUUUAUUAAUAUUAUUUUUGUGUAAUUUUUUUUAUUGAUUCAUAUUAUUAUUAAUAUUUUUAUUACUUAUUUGUUUCCUGCUGUUCAGUAAGGUACUUUUACUAUAGGAUUUUCAAAUCCCUGUUGAAGCUCUAGACCUUUGAAAAAAUUAUGCAUAGAAACAUUUUUUUGAGCAAAAGGCAUGUAAGUUCCAGCUUUUCUUUUUAGAAAGGCAUUUCAUUGAUGUUUUUUUUUCUUACAGCUAGUUAUUUAGCCCUGAUCUCAAAUCUUAUUGUGCCUUAAUUGUUAGAAACUAAUUGUUUGUAGAACUGUUUUUAGAAGUUUUGAAUUUUAAUUUUCCAGGGCAAUGUAAGUCGCAGUUGAAAAUUUUUAUAGAAGUAUUAUUUAUCAUUCUUUUUAUUACUUAUUUAUUACUUUUAUCUGUUUUUUAAUCAUUUUUAUUUAUUAGUUAUUAUUGUUAUUAUUAUUUAUCAUUUAUUUCCGGCUGUUUAUUAAGGUUCUUUUACUAUAGGAUUCCAAGUCCCUUUUGAAGCUUUAUGGCGUGGAAAAAAUUAUGUCUAGAAGCAUUUUUUUGAGCAAAAGGCGCAUAAUGUUCGGUUUCAACCCUGUUUCACCCUUCCCGUAUAAUUCACCGUCACAAAAUAAGGAAGAAAAUUGAAUUAGAUAGGGACAGAAAGCUUGAGAACCGCUGUCGAAAUUUCCAAAGGCUUUGUUUCUUUGUUCCUUUGAUGUAAAAUAUAUAUGCAUCGCUCAUAACCUUUUUGAUGAAAAAAAGAAAAGGCAGAUUUAUUUCAUAUACAUUGCAACGUUAGUGAAACUUGAGUUAUAUAUAUUUAGUGUACACUAAAACAGUGGAUGGCAUUGAGGGCGCACUCUGAUUGGCUACUUAAGCUCGAAAUACCCUUUGCUAUUCACCUCCGAGGAACUCGCGCCAGAUUUGCGGCAGAAAACAUUAUAAUCGUUUUUGGAGUAAAUUAGUUUAAAUCAUAUUUUUGUGCGAUUUUGCUUCAGUCUCGGUGGUUAGCAGUAGAUAUUUACCUCGCCGCUUCGCUCUUCUUUAAUUAUCCACCACUAGCCAACUCCAUUUUGGUACAUAGUUGUUAAAUAUAUUUGUUUUAGGUUAAUGUAAAGGAAUUUCUUUUUUAUUAUUUCUGGACGUGAGUUGGUUUUUGUGUAAAUAUACAUGGCUUGAUCUGAGGGUCUUCUGAUAUUUUAUCGCACAGGAUCCUUGCAUUGUGAUGGUGGAAGAAGUGGAUACCCAAAACUUGCACAUCGCAGUCUCUUAUCCAAAUCUAAAUUUCAACAUCUCCAGGACUCUGAAUCAUGGCAAUGACGUCAAUGGGCAAGAAAGGUUUUAUUCUGUCAGCAUGCCAGUUGACAUAAAGGUAAUCUGAAAACUGAUAUUCCUUCUUUUUUACUUCUUUUUUGAGAAUACUGUUGGUCCUUGCAGUCUUAUUGGCUGUCAGUAGUUUGAUUAUUUACAAAGACACAAUUUUUUUGCACAAGAUUGUACCUUUUUCACCGCUAGUGGGGAUGGAAAUCAAAAUCAAAAAAGUUAAAUUAACUUCAAGACUUUUUUUUUUAACAACGAUCAUUUCAGAGAAAAUUAAGGAUGAAAAAAGCCUUUUUUUGCGAAUUUUAUAAUUUUAUCGCCGAUUCUUUGCUUUUUUUAAACGUCCUGUGGAUAAAUAAAUUAUUGGUACUGAACAAGAUCCAAUAUUAGGGCAAUCAAAUUGUGAGAUAACAAAACAGAGUUAAUCAAAUGGAAAUGUAAAACUUUGUCUGGCACUGACUUUCAUCCUUAAUGUCAACCAACUGUACGCAAAAGGCAGCAUUCCGUAAACUAUACACAAAAACACUAGAAUUAUGGUCGGGAUAUAAAGCGGUUCAUGUUAUAGUUUAUGAUGCAUGAUAAGGAUAAAUAAGUUAUUAUGAAGUUUGAUUGAAGAGGAUUAUUUAUCUAUUUAUUAUUUUUAAUUUUUGAAAAUGUGAGAUAAUAUAUGAAACUAUUUAAUUAUAGACUGAUAUUUUUCGGAUGAAGCUUUUUCACUAUAAAGAACAUUGAACCGAACUGUUAAAUGAUUUGUAUAGGUAAUCACAUGAUUUCGAGUGCAAUUUGGACUAAAUAGGGACGAGUAAAUUUUUUCAAAGGCUAACAAAAUUGCACGAGCCUUACGGGCUCGUGUAAUUAGUGGUCUUUGAAAAAACUUUAGAGUGCUUUUUUUCCAAGUUGCUCGAGAAAAAUCAAGUGAUUGGGUAAUAAUAAUAGAGAUGAAAAAAUACGAGAUAGCUUAUCAUUAUAAUGGAGAAGGAAAGCGCGCGCAUCAAGUGCAAAAAUAUUUUAUUCAAACCCAGCAAGUGACAUUGUGCGUUCGGUCAAAACAACCGCAGACGAUCAAAAAAAUAAUAUACAAUGAUAUUUUCACAUCUUUAAGGCGUAAAAAGUUCAAAGCCCGGCUAAACAGUUCAAGGAGUUGUUCAGUCUGGUUUGUUACUUCUUUGCACUGAAUUAACCCUCUUCUGCAUUGAAUUACCUGAAAACUGCAUCUAUCUUAACCAAUCAGAACUGAGUAAUUUUUUCAUGCAUCUUAUGAAUAGCGUAAUGAAUAUCUUAACCCAACAUUUUACGCAGAAAAAAUUAAGAAUUUAUGCAUUUAAACGAAUAAGGUAAUCUUGAUUUGAAUGAAGAAAGCGUUUUUCAGUUUAUUUCCCUAAAAUCAUCAUUAAGGUAAUUAUAACGAUCGAUUAGAAAGAAUGUGCUUGUCACUUGAAAAGUGCGACCAAGUUGAGAUUGAUUUUCCUUUUGACCUGAGUGAUUUAGAAGGAGGAGUGAGUUUUCGGGACCUUCACAAAACAAUAAAAUAGAAGCAAUGAAAUUCAUAAUUACACUCGUCUCUCAGAGCAAUUUUCAAUUGAGUGUUGAAAGUAACCGGGAAUUGAGUUGGGUUUGCUUUACUUUGAUUUGUGAUUGGUCCAGAAAAUUCGCGCCACUCUCUUAACCAAUUGGAUGCAAAACGAUUCGGUCGCCGCGUGUUCCCGCCCCUUUAGCGGUUUGCUUCUUUUUUUUCUUUGAGUUCUGAUUGGCACUCCUGGAUAUUUGUCUUUCUUCCGAUUGUCCGUUGUAACUGCUUUGGUUUUGGUUCGACAACACUCAUCGGAAAAGCUCUUCAAACGAACGGCUCUAGAUUUUAACCUCCAAUAUGAAUAAUUUAUCUCAGGUGGGAGUCAGCCGUGCGGUGAAUGUAGCAACUGGAGAUGUGAGAGUAAACGGAGAGAUUGUCCCAGACGCCGAUAAAACAAAUCACGUGAUGGUGAUACCAAUAUCUGACGGCGCAACUACAGGAAGUGCCAUCGUGUUUAAGCAGCUCUCCAAGGGGUUCACCACAGAAGUCAAACUUACUCGAUAGUUGCCUUGACGGCAUAUACAUCUUUCUUCCUCUGGACUGAUAAUAAAACUCUUUGAAUGAAUAAAACGAUGCCGAGCGAAGUUAAAUUUGCUAAAGAGUUGUAGAGUGCUUGUCACAUAAAUGUAAAGCUGAAUAGUAGAAUGGAAACC